AUGAAUAAAUUUCCAAAAAAAGAAGAUAGCAGGGAACAGUGGCGAAUAAAUUGUGAAACUCUAUGUGGAAUGACUGAUUGGCAUCCUCCAGAAACGUCUGCUUUGUGCGAAUAUCACUUUACACCAGAAAUGUGGGAAAAGCCAAGAGUAGAUGGAACCAAAAAGUUAAGGAUCAAUGCAAUACCAACUGUAUUUGGAGAUGGUGUUCAUCAAGUGAAAGCCAGGGUUCCUAAGAAAUCGCAAUUCCAACCAAAAAUCCAGGAGUUGAUAGAGCAUAGUUAUGGUCGUUUCAACCAUUAUGAUCUGAAUGAAAAUAAUACUGAUGUUUCCCCCUUGAAAGUCAAUUUGCAAAGAACUAAUUGUUACGUGCCAGUACAAUCGUCCAAGAACAAGUCUGCUGAUCCUGGUUGUGCACAUCCCAAAGAUGAACCCAUGCAUAAAGAUGAUGUACAACAGUCUUCUACGAAACACUCCAAAAACAGUAAUACCUCUAGUCCUAAUAAUAAGAAUAUUAAAGAAGAAGAAAAUGAGAAAACGAACUGUGAAAACUUAAAUAAAAAAGUUGACUUUGAAAAAAUGUACCAUCAACUGCUUAAAAAGUUCAACAAGAGAGAGAAAUUGACUGUUAUAAUGAAAGAGAGGCACAAAAGGCUUAAUGAUCAAUUACGUUACAAAAUAAAAAAACUGGAAGACAAAAUUAAGGCCAUGGAAUGUGAAGGUAAUGAACCAGCAGUAUAA